UGAGGAGUCUGGUGACUAGCGAGGAACGCCUGGCCUUUUUUACUGUUGGAGGAAAAUUUGCGGGAAGUCUCUUUCAUGCAUUCUUGACAAUAGAACUUGCUCCCUGGCAAUACAAGCUGGAGUGAAUCGUUUCCUUGUGGGGGUAAUGCACCUGACUGAACAAAUUUAUUCCUAAGGACGGUAAGUUAUGUUUUUUUUUUCAAUCUUUUUCUGGAUCAAAACUUCUCAUUCGCCAUACCAUACGUGGAUCGAUAGAUUGAUCGCUUCAUUUAAGCUGAAAGGGAUAGUUUAUACCCAAAACCGCAACUUUGCCAAAAGAUAGCUUACGACCUCAUUAAAGAGAUUGACAAAAAAGUUCAGUCUUUGCUCAUUUGCUGAAAACGAGACUACAGUUUGUUUAAAAUUGAUAACUUGUACAGUAAUAUUUCAAAUCUGCCCAGCUUGAAUUAUCUCAGUCUAGUCUGUACCUUCAAAAGGUUUGGUUUCCUUCAAAGUGCUCAUCUUUUAAAUAAAUCACUCUUCCUUUAUUGCUUUCGUCAAUGAUAUAAAUGUCUAUUGUAUUUAUUUUUACAUUAUAUGCUAUUCGCUCGGCCUCAGUUGAUCAAAGGUUUAAUAGAUAUGUAUAUAGAGGAUAUUACACGGUGGCGCGAAGAUAUGUAUUUUAUUUUCGAGUGGCAAAACAAUAUUUUAUGAACGAGCGCAGCGAGUGAGUAAAAUAUUGUUUUUGCCACGAGAAAAUAAAAAUAUUCAUAUCUUCAAGCCGCCAGGUAAUGUUCUUUUUAUCAUAUAGACAAAAUGACAUCGAUAAAAUAAUAGAGGGAAAUUACCAAAAUUACGUCAUCGAUAAACUCAUGUGGGAGAUUAUGGAAAAUAAACCACUCGGGUCCCGGAUGUAAUUUUUAUGAAUUUUACGAGUGGUAUAUUUUCCGGUAAAACACUCGUGUCUAUAUAAUAAAAUAGACCAUUUUAUAGUUGCGGACUUAGUAUUCAAACCUUUGGAUGUGUGUGAGGCUGAGGUUGACCUUGUUUUGAUACAAACCUCUUUCCUUUAAUAAUGGGAAUUAUUCUUGAAAAACACUAGUUAGCAUAUGAGAACAACGUGAUUUACCUUAAAAAAGCAAAAAGGGUUGAAUCAAAACAAGGUCAACUCCACCCUUGUUUUCACCUGUAACUGUAAAAUGGGCUAUUUGGCUCAUUCAAAGAACAGUCAUGUCCAAUACUGCUGCACUGUUAGGGAUUGUUAAGAGCAGUUGAUGGACUAUACACUCCAUCAGGAAGCAACGUUAUUCUUUUAAUGUUUGUGUGGAACUGUUAAAGCAAAGAUUAUUUUUCUUAUUUAACAAAUUUUACACUCAAAUAUACCAACUCUCCCAGUUUAUCCCAGAAUAAUCUCUCUCUUCUAAUCUCCUGUAUGGGUCACCAAAUCAACUUCUGAGUUUUUUUGUGUUUUUGUUUGGAACUUAGCCCAUUUUUCAUGGACGGCACUUUCAUUAGCAUUUAACAUUUGGCUAUACAUGUACAUGUAGCUAGUGCAGGUUUGUUCGUUUUGUUGGGUAGUUAUGCCAUUGAGAAGGAGCAAUAUAAACUAUAUACAGUUAAGUUAAAAACAUAUAAUUCAGAUUUAUUUUCAGCACACAAAAUUAGAUCCUUUUCAAAAUCUCAUCUCUUAAAAUAUUCUUAAAAUUUUGCAAAUUUCAGUUUCAAUAUUCUUAUAAAAAAGAAAGAAUGUAAUAGGUUUAGGGGUUGGACUUCAGGGCUGAGUAUUCUGUAUUAGCCCGCAGAGCAGGCAUUUUUUUAAUGAAAGCGCAACCCAGAGGACCAUUGAUCUCAGCCGCCAUCCUAAAAGCCACUAGAAAACUAAGGGAGGAGGGGUAGGCAAGAAUGAGGGUUGGGAAAAAGAGGAAAAAAUGCCUGCCAGAAGAGUCUAUGAAAUUGCCGAAUGCCCCCCUAAUUAGUUGCAACUGACUGCAUUUCCGGAAAUGCAUUCGCAGCCAAUGAAAAUUGAUUUCUUUUUUUUUUCCUGAAGCCACAAAUUUACUCCAACAUUGAUGGAAAUAAAAGUGUUGACAGGCCAAACAUGACCCAUAAGCUCUUGGUACAGCAGUGUGAAGUGUGACCUUAGGGUUUGCCAGAGAGAAUUAGAGGUUUUUCUUCUUUUUACCAGGCAGAUUGUAUAAUGCAAUGGAGUGGUUCAAAAUUUGACUGAGUAAAUCUUACUUUUGCCACUAGUCUAACAUUUAGGGGUCAUUAAACUGGUCUGCAUAUUGAUAGACUGUUCACACUCCUCUAUUUUUCCGUAAGAUCGUCGAGAUCGAGCACUUUGCGUUUCGGGCUGCAUCUUGCGUGAGUGUCAAAACUACUUAGGGGGUAGGGGGCGGUUUGGGAGGAAGCGAGAAAAAUAGAGGGACUGUAAUAACAUCACUGCAGCUCGCGUUCAGGAGGCGUGACAGGAAUUUCACGCCUUUUACCAUUCAUUAAUUAAGAAACUCCGCUGGCGAUGAAAAACAUGCCAGACACAUUUAGCAUCGAUUACGUGUGUUUACAAAUAUCUCCUUUCGAAACAGUGAUUUUAUAAUGUUUCUAGGCCAUUCCUACAAAUAAUAUCGGCAAAGAGGCACGAAAGAAACAUUUUCCUAAUCGAAUCGCUAAGCAUGCUCGCUUGACCAUAGACUAAAACGGUUAAAACGUUCCGAUAAAAAGCCAGGCAUUUCUGACAGGUCAUCUUUUUUGCGUCGGCGUUGCGUUAAAUUUCAUUUCGUUUGGCAGAAACUGUGUUACAACAUUCCCGCGGCCGGGCUGCUUCCAAAGCAUGUUGGCUUACGUGAUUCAUCCGCAAAAUACCAAAAAUCGUUCGUGUGUUUGCGCAAGGUGUACCUUAUGGUAUGAAAGCGUGCAUUUUACAGAAACGACGACUUGUCAACGACUUGUCAGUGUCUGCAACUUAAACUAAACCCGUUGUCAACGCAAAUUAACAUCUAUUGUCUAAUGACCAAUCAAACGCCUGCGUUGCUGGUACAACGCGCUCCGUGAACACAAACUGCAGUUAUGUUAUUACAGUCCCUCUAUUUUUCUCGCCCACCUCCCCCUAGAGCUAUAAUCCCCCACGCCCGCCCCCUCGGUACAUUUGAAAAUCAAGAUGGCCGUCAUUAACGGUAAGACGUGCUAUAUCUCAACGAUCUCACGAAAAAAUAGGGGACUGUGAACAGUCUAGCAUAUUGAUUGUUUUUUCCCUCCCCUCCCCUAUUUUGACCCAUCAACCUCUCCCUUGGAAUCGUUUUUUGACUCACCCCAAAUCUCUGUCAGUUCAAUGUCCAAAUCAUUUGCACUGCAAAAUACACUUGCUUUGCAGGCUACUCCUAUAUAAAAUGAUGCUAAUUCCCCUCCCCCCCCCCAACCCAGCCUCCUGGCUGCCCACAGACACUAUAAGGUUCUCAUCGCAAGUACUGAUAACUUGUUAACUUGUUAACUUUUGUUAUGUCUCACAAGGGAGCUAAGAAAGAAUGGUCUCUUGCUGUUGUUUAAUUAUAAAUUUUCAGUCUCAAAUUCUGGUCACAACCUUCGCUUUAAGCUGACUGUAGCAAAUUCUAAUAUGGCGUCUCAAACUUGAACGGAGAAGCCGUGCACAGUUGUUAUUUUCUCUCGGUUCUUCACCACAAUAGUUUGAUCACCUCAUGAUCUGUUGUUAAUGAGAAGCAGGUGUGACAACAGGUAACCCAGGCUCUCUGUGAUAGUACUACGGUACAGUUCCGGUAAAAUUACAAUGUUUGUAUGGGGAAAAAAUACGAUCCUCAAAUUUUCUAGGAAUACCAAAUAAAGGUCAAUGAAACUUACUCUGCAGCUAGUUGUUGUUGUUAUUGUUGUUAAUUUGGUCAAAUUCACCCUCCCAUGGAGGGUGAAUUUGAGCAAAGUAUCACAAAAAUUCCUUUGAGCAUAAAGGACAACAACAACUAACUGCAGAGGAAGGUUCAUUGACCUUUAUUUAGUAUUUCCUACGAAUUUAAGAUCGUAUUUUCACCCCAUGCAAACACUAUAAUUUUACUGGAACCGUAGUGUGGUGUCUAGUGUGGUACCAUCAAAGAGCCUGGGUUACCUCGUGUGACAACAGCUUGUGACGCAAUCGAGCUCUUUCGUUCAAAAAACUUUUUCCUUGGUCACAUAGCGGCUAAUUACGUAUCAUACCAUUACAUAUUUCCUGUCAAAUUAUUUCUACAAACCGUUAAUUGCUUUUCUGUGACCAUGAAACUCAAAAAAUGGAAAAAGAAAAAAAAGUUGGGCCGGGGGGGGGGGGGGGGGGCGUGGGUUAAUUUUUGCUGGGUAUGUGCCACUGGCCUCUCAAAGCCCCUACCCCAUUAUAGUCUAUUCUUUGGCCAGUUAUAGACCCCAUCUUCGUCACUUUUGGGAAAAUGUAAUUUUUGUGAUCCCAACUUAGUAACUUUCUGUUUGUGCAUCUACUUUAUAAAGCCUUUUAACUACGUUAUUCAUGAAAUGAAUUUACACAUUGGUUAAACUUACUGAAGUAAAAAUCUACCCAUUUUCAAAUCCCCACCUACCCCAAAUUCCGACAAAAAGUAAUCCCAUUCUAGUAAAUCCAAAGAAAAUGCAACCCCAUUAUGGUCAAUCCAGCUGCGAAAAUGUGACCCCAUCCAGCUGCACAUCCCCAUUAGCCUAUUGCAUACACCUUAUUCGAUGGUUUAGCAUAUAAUACGUGCGGAUAUUUUGCGAGUUGCGUAAAAUAAAUUACGAUCAGUGAGCAAAAUGUUAUUAUAUGCCAAACCAUCGAAUAAGAGGUUUGUUAUUCCACCACAAAAAAAAACCCAAAUUUUAUUUUGGCUUCUAUUUUCAAUUUUAUUUCUGUCCACCGGUUCGUCCAGUUUAGCCACAGUUACCCCUUUUGCAUCCGCCGGUAUUCGCCCUGUUGUAAACCACAGGACACUACAGUGUAUUACGGCCUCGUAUUUGCGCGGUGGAAUAAUAAUGCAUCGGUCAAUUCCAUCUGCGCCCCCCACCCCCUUCCCCGGGCUGACCCCCGGGCAUUAGAUUUUUUUUGCCUUGGAUGGCAAAUUCCCAGGGGUGGGGUGGGUGCCCCGUCCUCCGUCGACACUGCAACAUUUUUCAUUGAUUGUGCAGUCGAAUAGUGCCGUUUUGAACAUUUUAAUAUGCGAUUUUUUGUUUUAAGUAACGUCUUCCUUUGUAAUAGCGCUUGGAUUCCUUACGCCGCGACGACAUGCACCAGUUAAUGGUUUUAGUAUUGAUAUAAAGUUAAAAUUAAUAGAGUUCUGUAAAGUUAUAAGUUAUGAAUAGGUUAUAAAUAUGAAAAGAUGUUCUUCAAAUAAUAUCAAGAGAAAUUUGAUUCACUAACCAAAAAACGUUGAUUCACGUCGAUAGCUCUCGAGUUUCGCUAUGCAAUAAUGGCUUGAUAAACAAUGAAGAAAUCCAUGCAUAAAAUCUAGAACAUGCCUUUACAACCCCCUGUCGUUGACAGAUGGGCUAAUCUGCUUUUUUUCCAGUAAUACCCUCUGUGUACUUCUAUUCUGGUAGGAAACCGUGUUCGUCUCAAAGCUCGGGAAUUGCCCCGGGGUUGGCAAAUGCCCGGCCCCCUGGCAGCGCAAAAUUUGCAAAUGCCCCACCCACGGGACUGAAAAGGCGCGCAAAUUCCCCGCAGUAGCCCGUGGGGGGGGCGGCUAGGCGCAGCUGAAAUUGACUGAUGCAUAAGAGGAAGUAUUCCCCUCCCCUUCCACCGGGAUUUGGGCUCGACUAGAGGGUGGCUCGCGUUUAGCUCGUGAAACGACCAAACUCCCUCACAGUUACCUACUGAUCAAUAAGGCUGAGGACAAUAAAUUGAAGUUUGUCUGGUUAUAUUUCAUCUCAACUCUUGUUAAGAUGUCAGCUCAUACUAAACCAUGACGUUUUAAAUCACCCAUAGUCAAAUUAAAUCUCAUCUUCAACUCAUCCCGAUAUUUGACCAUGGUAAGGUCCAGGUGCGAGCUCUCACAGCUUACAUCACCACCGAUGCAUUCACCGUAACGAAGCACAGAACCGAUGUUUGGUUCAACAUGAAAUGCUGUGUAGUACGUUUCUGAUGGAUUUAUGAUAGCAUUUAAGUCUAUAUAAAAAGUUUUCUUGGGCGAAACAACACAUCUAGAUUGUCCAAAUGUACGAGAAGAAGCCUUGAAAUUGAAUGUUUGCGUAAGAAGUUGAAGUUUCAGCUGAAGUUUUGAAUUGUUAGUUGCAGAUUUACUUGUGUCAAAAGUAAAGAUUUGAAAACAGUAGCCUGCCGUGUCCUCGUCACCCAAAUUUUGAAACAUUUCGGGAGUUUUCCGGUAUUUAAAAGGAAUAAUGAAUUCGUCAAGGUUGUUAAAACCUACAUAAUCAAACCGCUCCAAGUUUCUAUACAUGCAGUCGUUAAGCGCCAGGGUUUUUCCGUUAUCUUCAGUGUUUAAAGAUAUGUACUCUUGUAUUUCCCAUGGCAAGAUAGUUGCUAAUCCCUUCUGUUUGUAAUAUCGCAAAAUUUUAAGAGUCUUUUCUUCAACUUUUGAGUUAUAAAACGUGAUAUGGGACACGCCCAAAAUCUGGGACAGUUCUAUGAACUCCACGAGCCUUGCCGCGGGAAUAUCACCACCUAUGGGCGGAACGCAAAGGCUAUAAGGUUCGACUUUUAGCCUGCGGUCGACUAGAUGUAACGGAAUCUGUUUGGUGUUUUCAGACGUUUGCCUGUGUGAUUCGGGAUCAAGGGAAAUGUUAACCGAACACAGUGUAUAACUGUCGAUUUCCUCUGGGAGCUCGCACGAUGAUAUAAAUCCGUGAUAGAAAUAUUCGCCAUGGUUAUUUUCGAAUUCUUCAACUUCUACGAUACUACUAAAGAACUCGUACGUGUUUAAGUCCAUGAAAUGGCAGUACAUUUCUGGAAUCUCACCAUAAGCUGGCAAAAAUGAAAUCAGACGAAUGAAAGCUUGUUGCUUGAACCUGAAGUCCAGAAAUGCUGAAUAAAUCACGCUUCCUGUUACGAGCUCGUGAAAUUGUAACUUCUCGUCGUCAGCCCUCAACAAACAUUCUUCGUAAGUUGGUUUUUGUACUGGGAAUAAAUUCUCCUCCAUCGCCACUGGCUCUAAAACUUCGCUGGCAAUUUUUUCCCGGUGUGAACUGGGAAAGUGUUUUGCUUGUCGAAGACCUUGCUCUGUUGUCGUGAUUUCGCGAGAGACUUCCUCUUUCAUGUUUAAAGCGGCAAAAUGUUGUGAAAUGUGUCGUGAAUUCGCCCGUAGGUUGAAAAAUACAAAAACUGAUUGUGCAAAGACGAUUCCCACACUUACAAUCACGCAGACUCUUUUCAUAAGUUUCUUCAUCCGCCUUCUGGUCAUGUUCAGUUUGAUCAACGUGCUUGGAAAACACAUGAAACCAAUAUAAACAACCCUUUACUGGUUCGCUCUUUGCUUUAGGCAAAAAGCACUCGUAGAAAUUUGAUAAUAAAGAUACGAUCUUUCAGCAACUGAUAUGAAAAGCGGCCCGAACUCUAUAUAAGAAGUUGUUAGUUUGACGGGAAUCUAUUUACACCUUGCUUUAAUCAAUUAAGAAAAACAUAACAGUACAAUUAUCUCCUUGCCGGAUGUGUUUAAAACACAUUUUUAUUGUCAAUUUGCUAACAGAUUUCAUGUAACAAGAAAUGCAAGUCUUUGGCAAUGUAAAUGAACGUAGCUUCUAACCCCCAAAAAGAAAACUACAGUGGAUUAAUGUAGCUUUUAAUUUGUGUGGGUGAAAUUUAAAGUGUGACCAUUCAAAUGAAAGCUACCGAGCAAUACUUUCCCGUGGCGCUGUUUAUUAUGCUAUACAAGGUGGUUCUAACUUUUGAGUUUGUGGAUGAAAUCCUAAAUUUUGACCACUUAAAUAAAAGCCACUGAGUAGUGCUUUCCCGUGGAACUGCUUAGUAUGUUAUACAUGCAAGUUGAGAUGACUCUAAAUUACAAAACUAUACGCUAUGUAAAAGAGAAGGAUUUUCCCGUGGAACUUUUGCGUUUGGCACCCAAUUUACGACUUUUUAUCACUUUUUGUCGAAUUUUUCUCCAGUGACAUCUCUUAUUUGAAUGAGUUGAUAAUUUUAUCUUCUAUUGUCGAGGCUUGUGUAGUUUGUUUUUUUUUAAGUAUUCUUCAACAUAAAGCGUGUGUAUAUAUGUGGUUUUCAUAAGCACGGGCAUAUUUACUCACAUGUUGCAUCCACUAACAUUUUUCAAACUUCAAACUCAAAGCACAUGAUAGAACUUGUAAGAUGAAUUUGUCAUUUGAAAGGAAAGGUCAUCCGGACCGGACAUGGAUACUGCAAUCAAUUUGCUUUCACGUUCCGAUCAUUCUUAGCCAUUUUUAGUUUGUUUUAUCUUACCGUGAUAAAUUGAUUGAUAAAGCACCUAUGAAAGUAGUUAAUCCAUCUGCGAAACUUGAAAAAUAAAUCAUACUUUGUGAAAUACGGUUUUAGAGGUUUCGUUUGACUGGUAAUAAUCUUAAUUUUAUCCGCUGACUCAAAAGUUAGAACUCCCUUACUGACUCCAUUGUCGCUUUCGGGGUUAAGUUUCUGCCGAUUCAAAGGACUGAUCCUAGAAUCUCUUAGCAUUAGCUGAACCCUGUUUGAUUUUAAAAUGGCAUCCGACUGACACUGAAUUGAACCGGGCCAAUCCAUAAUUUCAUCCUGGAUGAAAACGUCGAGCCACAUGUGAAGCUAAAAACCAUUACUACGCACACAGAAAAAAACUAGUUUAAUUCAAGGAAAGAUUUUAAAAAAGCACACACACAAACAUUUGACCACUAUCGAUCGAUAAAUGUCGGAAGUGAGUUUUUUGUAUUAUAUCGAUGAUCCCCUUUUACAAGCGACUUUUUGAAUUAGAAAAUCCUUUUGGAAUUAAUGUUGAGUUUCUGUUGGUAAUCGAGCAUGUACAGAAUGUUUGUGGAAACGCCUUUCGACACGCAAUUUGAUAACAAUAAGCAAGCUAUAACGAAACUAGAUAGAUAGCAGUGGCCCCAUAUUCGACUGAAAAAUAUGCCUAGCUAUAGAGAUGACAAGGAAACUAAAACUAAAAUAUUUUGGAGUUAUUUGUAUCUGGCUUCUAUUUGUAUAACAGGCGCGUUUCUUCUUCACCUUACAGUCGAUCAACUGCAAGAAAAAUGAACGCGAAAGGAAGUUUGAUAUUGAUCAGCAUAAUCCAUGUCUUUAUACAGGGUGAGUGUUAAUCUGUUAAUCAAUUUCAAGGUCUUUAACCACUAAAUAGGGACUUAAAGCAACAACCACGGAAGGUUCUGGUACGGUGACCGGAAGUAUUUUUUUCCCGCCACUCGUCAAGGCGUCAAGUUCAAAGUAUCACGGCGGCUAUAGAGGUCAAAACGUCGCUGUUCAAUAAAAAGUGAAUUCGCAUUUUUUCAUUCUUUUUCGCGAUUACUACAAGUCGCUUAUUUUGUCAAAUGUAGGCAAACUCAUAGAGGAAAAAAGUUCGUCUUCGUUUGUUUACUUCAGGCAUCAAUAAAACGUGAAGUUAGGCAUUUUCACGUCGUGGCCGUGCAGUGAUCACAAAGAAAUGUUGAUAGAACAAUAGGAUAUUAGGAGCACGUGCAAAGUUGUUGAUUUGCUAAUUCAAAAACUUAUUCACUGGCCGUAUACUGCGCUUCCCGAAUACGUAGAAGAUCAUGGCUGGCCGUAGUGUCUAAUACGUUAAGUGUUUAGUGGCAUUUUACGUGCUUAGAACGCCAGUGUAUAUCUGAAACAGAAUCGCAAGAUAUACGCAUUUUAUCCUUUUUUUAAUAGUCAUCCUUGGAAUUUUCUGAAUCAAAGGUUCAUUUUUCGAUCAUGAGCCUCAAAUUUGAGUGUUAAGCAAGUGAAAAAUGCAGCCAAAUACGCCAGGAGCCCAUCAAAUGGAGCCUCCAUCUCCCAUACAAGCCCUUGGAGUCAACCCUUUCCCGAGUAGAUUUAUAAUUAGAACGGUUCCCAGGGGAGAUUUCGCGCGCGGACGAUGGGAAGAGCCAAUCACAACGACGUAAUGACACUGCUAUUGUACUUCAUCAAACAGUAGGAAAUUCGGUGUUGACAAGCCAAACACAAUCAUAAGCUAGUGAAACGUGACUUUUGCGUUUUCAUCCCAUUUGAUGGGCUCCUGAAUACGCAAAAUACAGUUGACGGGAAAGAGGAUUUCAUAAUGGAUAUCAUCUCACCAAGUGGUGUGAAUAAGACUGAUAAAACACAAGGAAGGCCUGAAUUUGACCAUGAAUCGCCCUUUUUUACGAAAGUUUUUUUUUACAUUUCCUUUCCGUGGGGGUCACUGCACGGCUUUACCCUCAUGAAGGGUUCGCCAACAUUUGACAGAGUAAGCGAGUUGGAAUAAUCGCGAUAAAGAAUAAAAGAACAGGAAUACACCUUUCAGGGACGUUUUCACCGCUAUAGCCGUCGUGAUAUCUUUAAACUCGCUGACUGGCGUUGACGGGUGGCGAAAAAAAUUACUUCCGGUCACCGUACUAGAACCUUCCGUAGUCUUUGCUUGAAGUCCCUAUCUUUGCCCAGGGCUCUUCGACUCCAUGUCUGUUCAUUACUGCCUUUAGCUAGUAUGCCUGUAGAGUACAGUAUGUUGCCCAGUAUCCGGACACUUCAGUUUAAAAUUGCAAUAACUUUCCUUUGUUAAUCGCAAGAGCUCUGAAAUUUGGCCCAGAAAAAAUCUAUCUAGUCCUUAAUAUGACGAAAGAUAGUUUAACUUUUUUGCCUUUGUUUCCAUCGCGAAAUUAAAAUUUUUGCAGAGCUCCUAUGUUGCCCAGUAUCCGGACACAGCAAUAACAACGUAAUUGUACAUAAAUUUCGAUAGGCGAGCGACUUAUAAGCUUCUCUUGCACUUGCAAAGUAGUCUGGCAAUCGAUUCCGAAAAUAUAACCUGGCAUCGUGAAAUAAAACCUAACAAAUGACUGGGGUAUGGUGGGGAACGCGAGCGGCUGUUUUAAAAAUGGUAUAAUUCUCACUUCUUUGUCUAGGAACUUUUUCACUGAUUUAAGGAAGGUAUCCGUAGACAUGCCGAAGCCGCAGUUUGCAAGCUCAAUUAGCCAAUCUGCAAACGACUUUCUUUCUUCAUUUUUUAUUUAAAGAAAAGCUUGGGGAAGGGACCUCAACCCGACAGUCAAAGGUCACUCUCCUAUUUAGUCUGACCUGCAGUGUUGAUUUCUUCAGGCUCAGUCCCCACAACGAGCCUGCUUUUCUAGCACUAAUUCUUCCUUCUUUCGCAUCUCUCAAUCCCUUUGUGACAUUUUUUAGACCAUUGCAACCCCAUUCUAGCAGUCCCAACUGGGGAAAGUAUGAGAAUUCCAGGUUCAACUCAGACGCUUUCAGUUAUAUAUAGAAAAUGCAGGCACGCGAAACAAGCCGUGCACACGAAAUCAAGUCGACUCUGAAUGAGUGGAGAAAAUUUCCGUGCGGAGUUGAGUAGAGUUACAUUUUACGACUAUAUCAUAUAUCCUAAGCUUUAAUUAUAGUUACUGAUAUGAAAUAAAUCUUAUCCGGAGAAUGUACACAACUAAUUCAUCGAUUCUGUACAGCAAAGAAAAAACUGUCCGGAUACUGGACACAUGACAUCAAAACUUAGUGAAUGUUUCUGGCUUCCGUUAUUCCAAACAAAUCGAAUUUCAAGAAGAAUUAAUAAACUUUCUGAAAACCUGACUUCCUUAAGUAUCUUCACUUUAAAAAUAAAACAGUUUCUUUGAAAAUAUAACACAUUACGCUCCCUUUUCUGAGCAGCACUAACUUUACUGCGCAGUAAACAGCGUAAAUAUUAACCAAGAAAAGUUUACUCACCUAAACAGAACGGCGUCUUCUGCGACUGUUUCGCAAGCUUUCAAAUCGCCAAAACUUUCAUCUUAAAGCUGAAAUGUUCAGCUUUCAUUCGAAAUACUUUGUUUACCGAUAACUGAAAAGGGCCCCUCAAAACUUGAGUUCUUGUUUCAAGUGUCCGGAUACUGGGCAACAUACUGUAUAUAUACACCCAGUUUCACAUUACCCACAACACCCAUCGCCUCCUGUUUCUCCUGGGGGACCUCAAAUGGUUUUUCCGGGUGCGGAAUGCUGGAUUUUCCUUAUUUGGAGCUCGGGAUGCGGGAUUUGCCUUAGUUCAAGGCCGGGAUUCGGGAUUUUCAAACAAAAUUAGGACGAGAUUCGGGAUUAGAGUAUGCAGGUAAUGCAGGAUGCCCAAACUAACCAUCGGCAUUACGAGAUUCAGCGAGAAUUUGGGGCGUAAAUGAGGGCAUUGAAGAACACUAAUAUGGACCUUCUCCUUUGGGUAUUAACCUUUUAAACCUUAAGAUCAAAAUUCAAAUUUUCAUUUGUUAUCCCUAUACGUUUUCAAUAAAAGUAGUGGUGAGAAUUUGUUAAAGUAUCAAUAAGAUCCAUCUUGUGUGAUCAUGUCCGUAAUUCUCAUGACCAUUCUCUUUUAUAAAGCAGUGAUAUUACAAGGUGAAAUUUGACGCUGAUCACUCUUAGGGCUUAAAGGGUUAAAAAUGCCUAUGCAAAAUUUUAUGCAAACUUUUUCCGGGAAAACAAGGCGAGUUAUGAACAUACAAUACAAAAAUUUUGUCCAGUUUGAGGUUUAGAUUACGCCAUUCAGAGUAUGCCUCGGUCUCUCCUGCCCCUUGUCUUUGAGGAUUGAAUUUCACCAUCAUGCAUUGUAUAUGUAUGCCUCUCCCCUCCACUCCAUAAAUGCUUUACAAUGUCACCAAAAGGCUUGUUUGCUAUAUAAAACGUCGAAAAACGUUUUUUCACGAUUCAUUUUCACGAUCUAUUACAUUAAAAAGUUGAAUUUUUUUCAUCUUUUGUGUUUAUCAAAAAUAGAUCGAGAAAACGUGUUUCCUGCCGUUCUAGAUAAAGUAGCCUUCAAAGACUACAAGAAUAUCUGUUUAUUAAAAACUCAAAAUUAGAAUUUUUGAAAAGGGGUUAGUCCAUUGUUUUGGUCAAAAAUUGGAGAUUUCUUCAACUUUGAUUUUUACACAAAAUAGACCAAGAAAAAGUAUCUGGGAACGUUCUAUUUAAGAAAAAGUUUCUGAAAUCCUUUAUAACUCCCUGUCACGCCUUGUAACCCGUUGUAACCCCCUGUUACCCCUUGUAACUGCCUGUCACCCCUUGUAACCCCUUCUAACCCCCUGUAUUCUCAUGUAAUAGGUUGUGAAAAUAAGUCGUGAAAAAAGGAUUUUCGACAUUUUAUAUAGCAAAGAAGCUUUUCUGGAUACUAAAAACAUCGCUUUCAAUAACCCACAAAAUUGGCAGUUUUCCAAAGGUUUAGUUUAGUUAGUUUUGGUGAAAAAUUUGAAAUUUUGUUAACGUUUCGUUUUAUGCAAAAUACACCGAGAAAAAGUUUUUGCUGACGUUCUCGUUACAAAACAAGCCUUUCUAGACAAUACAAACAUGGAUUUAAAAAGAACGCCAAACUGGCAUUGUUCUAAAGGGCAUAGUCCAUGAUUUUGUUCAAAAAGUUGAAGUUUUUUGAUCUUUUGUUUUUAUCAAAAAAACAUCGCGAAAAAGCGUUUGCUGACGUUCUACAUAAAAAAGAAGGCUUAAAAGACUACACGAAUAUCUGUUUAUUAAAAACACAAAAUUAGAAGUUUUGCAAAGCGGUUAAUCCAUCGUUUCGGUCAAAAAUUUGACUUUUCUUGGACUUUGAUUUUUUUGCAAAAAGUAUGUAUGUUCUUUGUGUCCGUUGUCACCAUUGUCACCGUUGUCACCAUUGCCACUGUUGUCGCUGUUGUCACUGUUGUCGCUCUUGUCGCUGUUGUCACCGUUGUCACUGUUGUCACCCUUGUCACCGUUGUCACCGUUGUCACUGUUGUCACUGUUGUCACCGUUGUCCCUGUUGUCACUGUUGUAACUGUUGCACCGUUGUCACCGUCGUUGCCAUUGUCACUGUUGUCACGGUUGUCACCGUUGUCACCAUUGUCACUGUUCUCACCGUUGUCACCGUUGUCACUACUGUCACUAGGGACUUUAAGAUAGGUCACUACGGUCGCCUGGGACGGUUAGAUAGAUGUCACGUCACGCAAAACACGCGUGACCUUUUACCGUCGUCCUUCUGGGACGGUAUGUUUUCGCCGGGUUUCUCGUCGUGAAGACAACGGUGAAACCGUUGAGAGUUCAUGAAUACUUAUUGUCACUUUUCUUCUAAAACUGAGUAGCCAAUGGGUUAAAUAUGCGUUCGCUUGUGUUUACAUUGAUUUACCUAUCGGUGAAAUGAAAAAAAAAGCGAAAAUGUCUGAGUUCAUUCAUAACUUAGCUCGCGGCCGCAUGGCGACUGCUUGUCUUCUACCCAGUGUCGUCCACCAUGCACCAUGGCAGAGGAAAAUUGCCGAAAAGAAAGGUAAGGCCCAGUUCAAACGUUCAUCUUUUCAUGUACCGAACUUAAUACCUAUUUAGGUCGACCCAAAUGGUUCGAGGUUGAUUCAGGCGUCGAACUUAAAGUAUAGUCGAACUCGAUUCAUUUUCACGAUGUUCAAUGGUCUAGAAUGCUUUAAACAAGUGAAAAUAAAUUUUAGUAAUUUGUGCUUUAGUUUCGGCACAUGAGAAGUUCGACGUUUCAACUGGGCCUAACAGUGAUGAUUGUAGCCGUCUUUUUAUAACUUAAAACUGUAUUUUUAUCAAGAAAAGAUUUCUUUAACUCAAAUUUGUGUUGGCUUAGGAAAGGAAAGUUCAAAUAAAAACAUCGACUACAGUUUUGAAAACUAGCUAGCUUUAAUUUGUACCCUUAUUCUUCUGAUUGGUAUUCUUCGUAUAAAGUAAGAAACUCUUCUUCAGUAAUUGAGCCUUCUGCGAAAGAAAUUACAAGCGAGUUUCGCACAUGACUUCACCGUCCUCUGUUUUGUUGUCCGAUCUUAAAUUGAAAAUUUUCGCGGCUUCUUACCGUCAUGGCCCCAGGCCGCCCGUAUACGCAUCCAACCGUCCCAGCCUACCGUAGUGACCUAUCUUAAAUUCCCUACUGUUGUCACCAUUCCCACUGUUGUCACCGUUGUCACCGUUGUCACUGUUGUCACUGUUGCACCGUUGUCACCGUUGUCACCGUUGUCACUCUUGUCACUCAUGUCACUCUUGUCAGUGUUGUCAUCGUUGUCAGCGUUGUCACUGUUGUCACUGUUGUCACUGUUGUCACCGUUGUCACUGUUGUCACCGUUGUCACUGUUGUUACUGUUGUCACCGUUGUCACUGUUGUCACUGUUGUCACCGUUGUCACUGUUGUCAUUGUUGUCACUGUUCUCACUGUUGUCACAGUUGAACCGUUGUCACUGUUGUCACUGUUGACACUGUUGUCACCGUUGUCACUGUUGUCACCGUUGUCACUGUUCUCACUGUCCUCACUGUUGUCCCUGUUGUCACUGUUUUCACCGUUGUCAAUGUUGUCACCGUCGUCACCGUUGUCACCGUUGUCACUGUUGUCACUGUUGUCACCGUUGUCACUGUUGUCACUGUUGUGACCGUUGUCACUGUUGUCACCCUUGUCACUGUUGUCACUGUUGUCACUGUUGUCACCAUUGUCACCAUUGUCACUGUUGUCACCGUUGUCACUGUUGUCACCGUUGUCACCGUUGUCACCAUUGUCACUGUUGUCACUGUUGCACCGUUGUCACCGUUGUCACUUUUGACACUGUUGUCACCGUUGUCACUGGUUUCACCGUUGUCACUGGUUUCACCGUUGUCACUGUUGUCACUGUUGUCACCGUUGUCACUGUUGUCACUGUUGUCUCUGUUGUCACUGUUGUCACUGUUGCACCGUUGUCGCUGUUAUCACCGUUGUCACCGUUGUCACCAUUGUCACUGUUGUUACUGUUCACUGUUGUCACUGUUGUCACCGUUGUCACUGUUGUCACUGAUGUAAUUGUUGCCACCCUCGUCACCGUUGUCACCGUUGUCACUGUUGUCACUGUUCUCACUGUUCUCACCAUUGUCAAGGUUGUCACUGUUGUCACUGUUGUCACCGUUGUCACUGUUGUCACUGUUGUCACCGUUGUCACUGUUGUCACUGUUGUCACCGUUGUCACCGUUGUCACUGUUGUCACUGUUGCACCAUUAUCACCGUUUUCACCAUUGUCACCGUUGUCACUGUUGUCACCGUUGUCACUGUUGUGCCUGUUCCACCGUUGUCACAGUUGUCAGCAUUGUCAUUGUUGUCACUGUUGUCAUUGAUGUCACUGCUGUCAUUGUUGUAACUGUUGUCACUGUUGUCACUGUUGCCACUGUUGCAAUGUUGUCACCGUUGUCACCAUUGUCACUGUUGUCACUGUUGUCACCAUUGUCACUGUUGUCACUGUUGCACCGUUGUCACCGUUGUCACUUUUGGAACGGUUUUCACUGUUGUCACUUUUGGCAACGUUGUCACUGUUCUCACCGUUGUCACUUUUUUCACUGUGUUCACCGUUGUCACUGUUGUCACUGUUGCAUUGUUGUCGCCGUUGUCACCAUUGUCACUGUUGUCACUGUUGUCACCGUUGUCACCAUUGUCACUGUUGUCACUGUUGUCACUGUUGCACCGUUGUCACCGUUGUCCCUUUUGAAACUGUUGUCACCAUUGUCACUGGUUUCACCGUUGUCACUGUUGUCACUGUUGUCACCGUUGUCACUGUUGUCACCGUUAUCUCUGUUGUCACUGUUGUCACUGUUGCACUGUUGUCACUGUUAUCACCGUUGUCACCGUUGUCACUGUUAUCACCGUUGUCACCGUUGUCACUGUUGUCACCAUUGUCACCAUUGUCACUGUUGUUACCGUUCACUGUUGUCACUGUUGUCACUGUUGUCACUGAUGUCAUUGUUGCCACCUUUUGGACUGUUGUCACCGUUGUCACUGUUGUCACCAUUGUCACCGUUGUCACUGUUGUCACCGUUGUCACUGUUGUCCCUGUUGCACCGUUGUCACCGUUGUCACCAUUGUAACUGUUGUCACUGCUGUCACAUUUAUCACUGUUGUCACCGUUGUCACUGUUUUCACUGUUGUCACCAGUGUCAUCGGUGUUACCGUUGUCACCGUUGUCACUGUUGUCACUGUUGCACUGUUGUUACCGUUGUCACCAUUGUCACUGUUGUCUCUGUUGUCACUGUUCUAACUGUUUUCACCGAUGUCACCGUUGUCACUCUUGUCACCGUUGUCACCGUUAUCACCGUUGUCACUGUUGUCACUGUUGUCACCGUUGUAGCCGUUGUCACACUGUCACUGUUGUCACGGUUCUCACCUUUGUCCCUGUUGUCACCAUUGUCACUGUUCUCACUGUUGUCACCGUUGUCACUGUUGCACCGCUGUCACCAUUGUCGCUAUUGUCACUCUUGUCACUGUUGUCACUGUUGCACCGUUGUCACCGUUGUCAGCGUUGUCUCUGUUGUCACGGUUGUCACCGUUGUCAACGUUUUCACUGUUGUCACCGUUGUCACUGUUGCACUGUUGUUACGGUUGUCACCAUUGUCACUAUUGUCACUGUUGUCACUGUUGUCACUAUUGUCACCAUUGUCACUGUUGUCACUGUUGUCACCGUUGUCACUGUGUUCACCGUUGUCACCGUUGUCACCAUUGUCACUGUUCUCACUGUUGCACCGUUGUCACCGUUGUCACUUUUGACACUGUUGUCAACGUUGUCACUGGUUUCACCGUUGUCACUGUUGUCACCGUUGUCACUGUUGUCACCGUUGUCUCUGUUGUCACUGUUGCACCGUUAUCACCGUUGUCAGCGUUGUCUCUGUUGUCACGGUUGUCACCGUUGUCAACGUUUUCACUGUUGUCACCGUUGUCACUGUUGCACUGUUGUUACGGUUGUCACCAUUGUCACUAUUGUCACUGUUGUCACUGUUGUCACCGAUGUCACCGUUGUCACUGUUGUCACUGUUGUCACCGAUGUCACCGUUGUCACUGUUGUCACUGUUGUCACCGUUGUCACUGUUGUCACUGUUGUAACCGUUGUCACUGUUGUCACUGUUGUCACUGUUGUCACUGUUGUCACCGUUGUCACUGUUGUCAUUGUUGUCACUGUUCUCACUGUUGUCACAGUUGAACCGUUGUCUCUGUUGUCACUGUUGCACCGUUGUCACCGUUGUCAGCGUUUUCUCUGUUGUCACGGUUGUCACCGUUGUCAACGUUUUCACUGUUGUCACCGUUGUCACUGUUGCACUGUUGUUACGGUUGUCACCAUUGUCACUAUUGUCACUGUUGUCACUGUUGUCACCGAUGUCACCGUUGUCACUGUUGUCACUGUUGUCACCGAUGUCACCGUUGUCACUGUUGUCACUGUUGUUACUGUUGUCACCGUGGUCACCGUUGUCACUGUUGGCACUGUUGCACCGUUGUCACCGUUGUCACUGUUGUCACCGUUGUCACUGUUGUCACCGUUGUCACUGUUGUCCCUGUUCCACCGUUGUCACCGUUGUCAGCAUUGUCACUGUUGUCACUGCUGUCACUGUUGUCACUGUUGUAACUGUUGUCAGUGUUGUCAUUGUUGGCACUGUUGUCACCUUUGUCACUUUUUUUACUGUGUUCACCGUUGUCACUGUUGUCACUGUUGUCACUGUUGUCACCGUUGUCACCAUUGUCACGGUUGUCACUGUUGUCACUGUUGCACCGUUGUCAACGUUGUCACUUUUGAAACUGUUGUCACUGUUGUCACUGUUGGCACUGUUGUCACUGUUGUCACCGUUGUCACUUUUUUCACUGUGUUCACCGUUGUCACUGUUGUCACUGUUGCAUUGUUGUCACCGUUGUCACCAUUGUCACUUGUCACUGUUGUCACCGUUGUCACUGUUGUCACUGUUGUCACUGUUGUGACUGGUGCAUCGUUGUCACCGUUGUCACUUUUGAAACUGUUGUCACCGUUGUCAUCAAUGUCACUGGUUUCACCGUUGUCACUUUUGUCACUGUUGUCACCGUUGUCACUGUUGUCACCGUUGUCUCUGUUGUCACUGUUGCACUGUUGUCGCUGUUAUCACCGUUGUCACCGUUGUCACUGUUGUCACUGUUGUCACCAUUGUCACCGUUGUUACCUUUGUCACCUUUGUCACUGUUGUCACCGUUGUCACCGUUGUUACCUUUGUCACCUUUGUCACUGUUGUCACCGUUGUCACGGUUGUCAGUGUUGUCACCGUUGUUACUGUUGUCACUGUUGUUACUGUUGUCACCGUUGUAACUUUUGUCACUCUUGUCACUGUUGUCACCGUUGUCACUGUUGUGACCAUUGUCAGCAUUGUUACUGUUGUCACCGUUGUCACUGUUGUCACUGUCGUUACCAUUGUCACUGUUGUCACUGCUGUCAUUGUUGUCACCCUUGUCACCCUUGUCACCGUUGUCACUGUUGUCACUGUUGUUACCGUUGUCACCGUUGUCACUUUGUUCACCGUUGUCACUUUGUUCACCGUUGUCACUGUUGCACCGUUGUCACCAUUGUCACUGUUAUCACUGUUGUCAUCGUUGUCACCGUUGUCACUUUUGUCACUGUUGUCACCGUUCUCACAGUUGUCACUAUUGUCACCGUUCUCACUGUUGUCACCGUUGUCACUGUUGUCACUGGUGCAGCAUUGUCACCGUUGUCACUGUUGUCACUGUUGUCACCGUUGUGACUGUUUUUACUGUUGUCACUGUUGUCACCGAUGUCACUUUUCUCACCGUUUUCACUGAUGUCACUGAUGUCACUGUUGCAACUUUGUCACCAUUGUCACUGUUGUCACCGUUGUCACUGUUGUCACUGUUGUCACUUUUGUCACCGUUGUCACUGUUGUCACCGUUGUCACUGUUGUCACUGUUGCACCGUUGUCACCUUUGUCCCUGUUGUCACUGUUGUCACCUUUGUCCCCGUUGUCACUGUUUUCACUGUUGUCACCGUUGUCGCCUUUGUCACCGUUGUCGUUGUUGUUACCAUUGUCAACGUUGUUGCUGUUGUCACCAUUGCCGCUGUUGUCGCUCUUGUCAUUCCUACCGCGUUUGGUCACCCGAUUAAAUUUUGGGCAAAUUAAAUCUCUAUUACUACAUCUAGUUACACGACUAUUUUGCUGACCGAGUUCUCAAUAUAUAAGGGAACUUCACCCUGGAUGCGUUUGUGUGCCACACAAUAUUUAGCUAUUUUCUCUUCUUCAGAAAGAGGAAGCUAUUGUAGACUAUUAAAAAGCUUAACACUAGACGCCUGGUUAUUAGGGUCGGAAAUUACCGUUGCUGCUCUCUUUUGGAGCUUAAGAACACGGCUUAAAUUCUCCUUAUCACAACUAGUCCAGAUUGAACUGACAUAAUACAAUACAGAUCUUAUCAUAGAAUUAUAAUACAAUAGCCUUUGUUUCGUGGGCAGGCAAGAUCUUAUCUUUUUUAAUACGCCAAUUCGCUGAGACAGCUUUUUACAAAGUUUCUCUACAUAGGAAGUAAAUGAGAGUUCAGAGUCAAUUUCGAGACCUAGCAGCUUAGGACUGGGAACGAGUUCGAGUUCAGUUCCUUUGAUAGUAAAAGUCAUUCCUUCAUUGAUCUUUGAGGGGAGACGCUUGCCAGUGAUGAGCAUAGCCUUGGUUUUACCUUCAUUAAUUGGCAGUUUGUCCGAAGCUGCCCAAUCGACGAUUUCGGCAAUUGACGAGUUUAGGGUACCCUCUAACCUUCCGAUAGAGCUAUAGUUCGUACUGGAAGUCAGCGCUGUGUCGUUAGCAUACAAAUCAAUUCUUGAUUAAGUGACGUAAAGCGGUAAGUCAUUGAUAAAGACGAUAAAUAACAAGGGGCCAAGUAUGGAUCCCUGGGGAAUACCAUGACGAACAAUAGCGACACUUGACUGUUUAUCUCCCAGCUUAACAAGUUGGCGUCUGUCCUUUAAAUAAGAGGUAAACCAUUGAAGAGAAUCCCUACUAAGACCAUACACUUCAAGUUUCUCUAACAACAGGGUGUGAUCAAUCAUGUCAAACGCUUUACGAUAAUCUACCAAAACCAUUCCACUGACACGGUCAUUGUCAAGGUUGAAUAGCAGAUCGUCAAUAAUCUUGAUCAAGGCAGUUUCAGUACUUUGCUUCGAGCGAAAGCCCGAUUGUCUGAUGUAGAUUAAAUCGUUUUCGUACAAAAAGUUGUAGAGAGCAUUGUGAACAUGUCUCUCCGCAGUCUUAGACAGAAAGGGUAAAACUGAUAUUGGACGAUAGUUUUUAACAUCAGUGUGGUCUCCGCUUUUCAAGAUUGGUGUUACCUUGGCAGUUUUCCAACGACUGGGAAACACGUUUAAAGAAAAAGAUGGGUUGAUGAACUUUGUGGUUGAAAGUGCAAUAAUCGGAGCUGCUAGUUUAAGCAUUUGAGAACUGAUGCCGUCUUCACCAGUAAAUUUAUUGGAACCAAUUUUCAAAAGAUAGCCAAAAGCGUCUGCUUCUGCUAUAGGUGGAAUUGAGAAAGCAGCAGUUUCAUCCUUCCGAGAUCUUACUUAGAGGUUUCAAACAGCACGUCGGGUAACAGUUUUCUCAGCUUAUCUGCAAUGGUUGAGAAGUGAACAUUGAUUGCUUCAGUCAUUUCUUCGUUAUUUCCUAAAUCUUUCUCUUUGUUGCUUAUUGACACUGAUGAGCGAUUUGCUGGUCUUCCACAUUCCCUUGGUGUUAUUCUUAUUAUCUCGAAGGUAGUUUUAAAGAACUCGGACUUGGCUCUUCUCAAGAGAAAAACUGCUUUAUUCCGAGCUCCUUUGUAGCUUUCCCAGUCGGCAGGAGUUUUUGAUCUUUUUGCAAUUUUUAGAAGCCUGUCUUGCUUCCUCAGCUGCUUGAUGACAGAACUAUCUAACACGGGCGAUUCUGUGGCCUUUGCAACUCGUUUAACUCGCCAAGGACGUUCGAAUUUAGUGCCGAAUUAAACAACGAUUCCCACGAGGAGAGCAUAUCAUCGAUGUCGUCAAAAAUAAAUACCGAAUUGUCUUGAAAAGUACUUGAUUUCUUUAUAUGGUCUUGAAAAGUCCUUGAAACUCACUACUUCGUUUUCGCCACGUCAUUUUCUGUUAAAUUAGAUUUUAGACCAUAGGAAAAGUAACCAGUACAAAACAGAGAAAAAGGUCAGCGGAGUGAAACGAAAAUAAAUGGUCAGUACAAAACCGGAAGGAACAUUAUUUAGUCUGUGUUUCUUUAUUUCAAAUGCUAUUUUUGUAUCUCAGACUGCAAGUCAUACCCAGUGACUUCAUUUUGCAAAGUAGUGUUGUUACGGAAAGGAGUACAACAUAAUGUGAGAGAUUAUCAACCAGGGCUGAAGAUGUAAAAAUCGUAAACGACUCCAUCGAGUGUUUUAGCCAGUAUUAGGUGUUCAAAAGGGGUCAAAGAACGCUGAAUUAUUAGGCCUUGAAAAGUGUAAUUUGUCCUUGAAAAAUCCUUGAAUUUUUUUUCUCUGAAGUUGUACAAACUGCAUCUACCAGUUCUUUUGCAAUUUCUGUCCAAACACGAUCAUCUCUCUGAUAUACAUACCAUGGGCUGUAGUUCGUUUUUCGGCACAAAUUCACCGGAAAUCUUCUAUUUACCAAUUAGUCAAUAUUUAGGAGAUAAAGAAAUCCCUUGACACUUAUUCUCAUAACUUUUUUUAACUUCUCUUUUAGUUUUGGUUUCUAUGCGAACUUGUGCUACAGCAGCAAAGGAGGAAAAUUCCGAUAGGGCUCAUUGUGCCGCUGAUGGAAAGUGCUUUCUGAAUGAAGAGGGUGAGUGUGGUUCGGCAAGGAGACAUAUAAUAGCUGGUGAGCGUUACGUUUGGUUUUCACUAGCGACGGAGUCAGAGAGGGAGUCGCGAGCAAAGUCGUUAGAGCGCUUAUCACCCAGUGAAAAUCAAAAAUCGAAGUCGUAAGCGGAGUCAUAAGCGAGGCAGUAUACUAUUCUUACAAAGCGGAAAGACCCAAAGUUUUGUCGGCUGAAAGGUCUUCAGCAUGCGCUGUUGGUUAGUUCAUGUCAUUGUUUAUCCUGAGCAUUCAGAUGCAAUGUUUAACGUCGUCUAAACUUUCAUUACAUGAGGUGCGUGCACAGCCCGUGUUUAUUUGUUUAGGUUUCUAACAAGCAAGCCGUUUUGUCUCCGUUAGAAUGUUUCUGUUGGAAAACGUUUCCUUUACAGUAGAAGGUAAAGAUUACCUUAGCGGGCAAGAAAUGAAUAGGCAAUCAAGGUUUCUGCCUUUUCGGUAGAAGAAGCCAUUCGAGCCUGAUUUUCUUCGGGUUUAUUUUCAACCUCUUAUGUUGUUCAUUCAACUGUGAGAUUAACAUUAACUUCCAUAGAAUGAGCACGGUUGGAUUUUACAAACAAAUCUCGGUUUGCCUCAGCGGGCGAAGUCUCUACGGGUAAAGCGAAAUUGCAACGACACCCAGACAAGAAGUGCCGAAAAUCACGUACUUAGUUCUGUUCAUGUCAGUUACAAGUUGAAGUUUUGGAAUUUUUUUUUAGACAAUACUCAUCAAGCCAACACCAUAACAGAGCAUGCACACAAAUCACUUUACACCAAACAUUCUGUGCCAUUGAUUCCUGAAGGAAAGAAACCUAUUCUUCUAUGGUGGACUCAAGACCUAUUUCCACAUGACCGCAGCCAAAGUAAUCAUGAGAUUACGUGUAAGAAAGGCACGUGUAUCACCUCCAUUGAUCGCGGUCUCAAAAAUGACCCCGCGACUCGAGCAUUUAUCUUCUAUGGUACAGAUCUGCGCGCUGAUGACUUACCGCUGCCACGAAGGCCUUGGGACGAGUGGGCGCUUUUUCACGAGGAGUCACCGAAGAACAACUGGAUGCUGACCUUCGAGGACGCGCUGGUGUAAGUAUGGCGUCGAGGUCAUGGUUACUUUUUACGAUGCUUUUUUGUGAAUUGGUCAUUUCCGAGUUCCAAAACCCCAGCGUUUUUCAACACUAGGCUAAGUGCAAACCCUUUCUUGUGGGAAUGAGCCUUAUUUUGGGUGAGAACUAAAAAAUAAGUUCAUAUCAAAGGCUACGCGCGUAUCAUCGUUUUGGGACAAAGGCUCGGUAAACCUGGAAAUGGUCUGUUAUAAGCCUGCACUGUCUCUUUGCAGUUAGAAGUCGACUCGUAAAACCUCUAUCUUUAGCAAAGAAUUUACUGAACAUUAACACUUUUGCCACACAGAACUUUUGCAUUAUUGAUAGUCUUGAUAUUAUAAUAGACCUUUUACCCGAUACGGCGGCCAUAUUGAAUUAAUUCGAUUUAAGGAGUAUUAUAGGAUGCUCAGGGGGCAAGAGCACAUUUCUUUUGUAUUUUCGAGCGCUUUUCGGGACAUUUUUUCCUAAGGUUUUCUUAGAAUAAGAUUGUAAUGGGAAAAAAGAUCCUUGUGCCGCGUUUGGAUGUAAUAAUGAUCGCCUUUUCCCCGAGAAAUAUACAGUGAAAGACCAUAUUUCUAAUACUAAACUAGAAAAAGACGAUUAUUAUUACAUCCAAACACGGCACAAGGAUAUUUUUUCCCAUUACAAUCUUAUACUAAGAAAACUUUAAGAAAAAAUGUCCCGAAAAGCGCUCGAAAAUACAAAAGAAAUGUGCCCCUGGGCAUCCUAUAAUACUCCUUAAAUCGAAUUAAUGCAAUAUGGCCGCCGUAUCGGUGAAAAGGUCUAUUGGUAGGAACAAUGCUGCAUUCUGCCUUUUCAUUAAUAUUUGAAUAGUAAUGAUGCAAAAUUGUAACAGUGCAAGACGUCAACAAAUCUUUGCCCAUAGAGUUUACGUUAAACUUAAGCGUCUGAAAUGUUCGAUCUCAGGGUCUUAGGAGUUAAAAGGCUUUUUGCAUGUACCUGUUUUUCUCUCAUCUUUUGUAGUCUUUUUAAUCACACGGCAACAUUUCGACGUGAAUCGGAUUAUCCUCUUUCGACUCACUUUAUAAAAGAUCUAAAGGAUUGGACAGAGACGCCUGCAGUUUCAAUCACGGAGAAAAAUAGGUCAGUAACCGAUACAUAUGCUUCUGACGUAAAUAACUGCCCUAAAAAUGUAGUGUCUACAGCAGCACACUGGGUGUCAAAAUCUUCCUCGGCGGGUUUGGAUGUGACGUCACCCAUCAAGCUAGUCAGGAUAGUUCGCUAUCGCGCUCGAUUCCAGGUCUCCUCCACUGACUCGGAUUGAGACGAGUUUGGGUAUUAAAGAUUUUCCCGCCUUAUUUCCACUGUUGUUUGUUUUGCCCCAUCGAUAGUAAGCCCGUGACAAAACGUUCAGUCUUAAAAGGCCAAAUAUUUUUUGUUUUGGUUUGCGACUGGUUUGUUGCUUUCUAACAUUUGCCUAAGACAUUAUCCACUCAAGUGGCCAGCAUCUAUGCACUUUUUGGGACAAAAGAAGGCAUUUCCAUUAGAAAAGACUUAAACUCCCAUAGGAUUUUGUUUGGAAUAACAACAUGGCCGCUUUUACAUUGUUUUGGACCACCACUAUGGCCACCGUGACGUCAGGUGAAAAAGGUUAAUUGUGAGGUUGAGUAAGUGACUGGGGCGGUAUUGCAUUUUGGGUCUUUCUUGGGGGAUGUGUGGGGAGGAAGACUCGGCUAGUGUCACGAAGGUCCUAGAAGGCACUUAUCCUAGCGCCAUAUGUUUUCUGUAUUCAGUUUACAUUCAAAGGCUUGCACUUCUCCAUACUGUUUGGUUCCUCUUAGUACUAGGAUCUUCCUAGCUGAGAGGUAGGAAGAUCCUAGCACCAUGUCAUCUAAGACGAUCCUUGUACUGGGGACAAACCAGAGAUGAGUACUCACGGCAAUAAAGGCCGACCAUUUUGUUUGGUGUUGCCACGAGCUGAUUGUUGUGCUAAUUCUGCUGAAAGGUAGUGAUUAACGCCGGUAAAGAGAGAAGAAGGGCCAAAAUUACAUUUUUGUUUCUAUCGCCCGCCAUCUUUGAUUCCUUCUCUACUUUGGCACCACACGGAACGUAACUGUUUCUGCAUUUAAACCCAACGAAAAGUUGUUCCGCCUUCUAGGAUCUUCCUCUCUCCAUGUAAACAGCCCCUUAGUUCCUUCGCAAUAGCCGUUAAAAGAAAGCGAUGGUACCCCCAGCAAGUCUCACGCUUAACUGAAACUAGACAAUCCACUAAAAAAGUUUUCUAUGUUUUCAGGUUGCAAAAAGAGAAAGGCCUUGCUCCUAUCGUGUAUGUCCAGAGCGACUGCUACACUCCGUCAGAUCGAGAGAGGUACGUGAAAGAGUUAAUGCAGUACAUUGAUAUUGAUUCAUACGGACAGUGUCUUAACAACCGUAAAAUGCCAGACGACAUUAAUGGCUUUCUCAAGCUUCAUAGUUCAGAGUAUUACAAGUUCCUUGCGCAGUAUAAAUUCAACAUUGCCUUCGAGAAUGCCGUGUGUAACGAUUAUAUGACUGAAAAAUUAUUUCGACCAUUCGAAGUUGGAGCUGUGCCCAUUGUUAUGGGCUCACCGGCGGCAAAGGACUGGAUGCCUAAUGAGAAAUCUGCAGUCUUUGUGAACGAUUUUAAGCACGCCAAAGACCUUGCGGAUUUUGUAAAAUACCUUAAUGCUAACGAUGAUGAGUAUGCGCAGUAUAUGAGAUACAAAGACCCUAAACAUAUAACAAACGAGUUUCUUCUCAAGAUGGUGGACGAAAGACCGUGGCGUGUACUAGGAGAAUGGGACAAAAUUAACUUCGGUCACCGCAUGUAUGCUAAUUUUGAGUGUCACGUGUGCGACCGCGUGAUUGAGCGCCAAGAAGCACUGCGGGCUCAUAAGUUGGCCCCAGAGAAAAAUCCACCCCCUCCCCCUAGAAUGGCGAAGAGAGAUCACCUGGAAUGUCCCGAGCCAACUAUUUCUUUAGCUACAAAGGAGAGGGUGAACAAGAGUGUGAAUUACUGGGAAGGAUUUUAUGAGGCUCGUGCAUUGAAAACGAUGCUGUUAGCGGGGGAAACAAAUGCCACUAAAUUUCAAUCUAAAUACUUGAAACGAUUGACGGACAAGUAUGAUAAAUGGGUACGGUAAUUUCGAGUAAGUUUCAAAUCAGUGAGAUAGACUUGAAUCUUGAAGGAAGUGUAAAGCCUCAAGGCGGUGAGACCACGAUAGGAAAUUAGAUGCAGAAAGAAAACAAUAAACUUCAAAUAACAAUGCAGGUGACUGAAACGAAGAGGUAAAGUUCCAAGGCAGAAAAACACAACACAAUCAAAAAUUGGUAUAUAGCUAGUCUGGUG